GAUUCAUUAAUAACUUAGUUAUUGUCGAAUUAGAGAGAGAAACAAAAAUGCCGGUUGAAACAUUCCAAUUCCAGGCUGAAAUUAAUCAGCUUAUGAGCUUGAUUGUGAACACCUUCUACACUAACAAGGAGGUGUUUUUGAGGGAAUUGAUAUCCAACAGCUCGGAUGCUCUUGACAAGAUCCGUUUUGCGUCGCUUACGGACAAAUCAGUAUUAGACACAGGGUCUGAGCUCGAGAUUAGGCUGAUCCCGAACAAGGAGACGAAGCAGUUGAUUGUGCAGGACACGGGUAUCGGAAUGACCAAGACAGAUUUGAUUAACAAUUUAGGAACGAUUGCGAGGUCUGGAACGAAGGCCUUCAUGGAGUCGUUGCAGGCGGGAGGUGACAUUUCUUUGAUUGGUCAGUUCGGUGUCGGGUUUUAUUCGGCGUACUUGGUGGCCAAUAAGGUCUCGGUGAUCUCGAAGCACAAUGACGACAUUCAGUAUGUGUGGGAGUCUGAGGCGGGAGGUCACUUUACGAUUCGUCCGGAUGAGGGAGAGAGCAUCGGGAGAGGGACGAAGAUCGUGUUGGACCUGAAGGACGACCAGACUGAGUAUUUAGAACAGAGGCGUCUUGAGGAUUUGGUCAAGAAGCACUCUCAGUUCAUUUCGUAUCCGAUCAAGUUGUUGGUUACGAAGGAGGUGGAGAAGGAAGUAGAGGACGAGGAGGUGGUCGCGGAGGACGACAAGGCCAAAUCGGAAGUGGUGGUUGAGGACGCGGACGAGUCCAAGAAGAAGACGAAGAAGGUGAAGGAGACGACGACUAACUACGAGACGUUGAACAAGACCAAGCCUAUUUGGAUGAGGAAGCCCGAGGAGAUAACGAGAGAGGAGUACGUCGAGUUUUACAAGUCUUUGAACAACGACUGGGAGGACCACUUGGCGGUCAAGCAUUUUUCAGUGGAAGGAAAUUUGGAAUUCCGAGCGAUGCUGUUUGUGCCUCGUAGGGCGCCGUUUGAUAUGUUUGAGACGAAGAGGAAGAAAAACAACAUCAAGUUGUACGUUCGCCGAGUGUUCAUCAUGGACAACUGCGAGGAGUUGGUUCCCGAGUGGCUUUCGUUUAUUAAGGGUGUGGUAGAUUCUGAAGAUUUGCCGUUGAACAUUUCGCGCGAGUCGCUCCAGCAGAAUCAGAUAUUGAAGCUGAUUUCCAAGAACAUCGUCAAGAAGUCGAUCGAGUUGUUCCACGAAAUCGCGGAGAACAAGGAGGACUUCAAGACCUUCUACGAGGCGUUCGGGAAGAACUUGAAGUUCGGCAUUCACGAGGAUUCUGUGAAUUCUCAGAAAUUGGCUGAAUUGCUUCGCUUCCACACGACCAAGUCAGGGGACGAGAUGUGCUCUCUCCGAGACUAUGUGACGCGCAUGAAGGAGAAGCAGAAGGGCAUUUACUACAUUACUGGCGUGAGCCGAAAGGCGGUCGAGACCAGUCCGUUUGUGGAGGGCUUGAAGAAGCGUGAUUAUGAGGUCGUGUUCAUGGUGGACCCGAUAGAUGAGUAUGCGGUUAGCCAGUUGAAGGAGUUCGACGAGAAGCCGCUGAUUUGUAUCACCAAGGAGAACUUGGACCUCAACUUGAGCGACGAGGAGAAGGAGAAGGUGGAGGAAGAGAAGAAGUCGUACAGCAAGUUGUUGAAGGUUAUCAAGGACACAUUGGAGAACCGCAUUGACAAGGUCGUUGUUUCCAACCGAAUUGUUGAGUCACCCGUCUGUAUUACCACUGGAGAGUUUGGGUGGAGUGCGACGAUGGAGCGUAUUGUGAAGUCCCAGGCGCUCCGACCCGAGGGGAUGUCGUCCUACAUGAUUUCCAAGAAGACGUUGGAGAUUAACCCGAACAACAAGAUCAUCCAGGAGCUCCGAAGGCGCGUUGAGAUUGACGAGGUUGACAAGACUGUUAAGGACCUGGUUUGGCUAUUGUUCGAGACUGCAUUGCUCACUUCUGGAUUUUCCAUGGAUGAUCCGGCUCCAUUUGCCAGCCGUCUGUACAGAAUGGUUUCGUUCGGGCUUUCCCUCGACAUGAGCGAGCCGACGGUAGAGCCUGUCUCCUCGGAAGUGCCUCCACUUGAGGCGGAUGCGGCUGAGACGUCCAACAUGGAGACUGUCGAUUAAGGAUGGGUCUUUUUCUAUUUUUGCUGUUUUUUUAACACACACGUAUUCUCUGGUUGUCUGAAGAAUAAAAAUGGACGAAAAAUUGCGUCA